AUGGAAGAAGACAAAGCAAUUCCAAGUCCAGCUUCUAAAGCUUUCAUCAGUCAUCUAGCGAAAUACGCUUAUUCCUCCAACCCCAACUCCACCUCUCCCAGUAAACUCGCUGGACCAUCUAGACUGGCAUCACCAUCGAAGGCGAAACUACCGAUGGUGGAGAUACCUACGUCACCGAGGAAGAGAAGGAGCCUAUCCUCGACACCUGUCAGACACAAGGGACGAAGAUCGAUAGAGGACAAGGAUGAAAGUGAAAGUGAAUAUGAAGAACCCGCCAUAACGCCCAUGAAGAAGAAGAGGGGACGAGCUUCGGACGAGAUUGGGACAGUGGAAGUGAAAGGCAAAGGCAAAGGCAAGAGACCUAGAGGAUAUGCGCCGCCAGAGUUGUAUGAGCAUUUGAGACCUGUCAAUGAUCUGUUGAGGGAUGAUUUGGAUAUCGUGUUCUGUGGAAUAAAGUGA